AUGUCCAGCUCUAACAGUAAACUCAGAGAAGAUUUUCUAUGUGUCCCAAAGCUUGCUGCAGAUGGAGAAAAUUGGAUGACCUACAAAGAUAGAAUGCAAUGGUCAGUAGAUGCUUGUGGGUUCCUUGGUCACCUAGAUGGGACCAACAAGAAACCAGUAGAUACCUUGACAUUAUCAGGAAGAGGAGCAUCAUGGUCACCAAGUAUGAUGGAUGAGGUCAGAGAACUUGCUGCAUACAAGACCACACUGAAGGAGUGGGGCAUGGGGGAGGCAAUAAUGAAGCAGCAAAUUGCCAGCACAAUCCCUGACUCUUUGUUCAUCCAAGUCAAGGGCUUGGAUACAGCACAAAAGAUUUUCAUGUACCUUUCAAAUCUCUUCGAGAAGCAUUCUCAUGUAGUCUCUGUCGAACUAUUGUGA